GUUUUAUAUUCUGAUCGUAGUUAGCUGAGACUGUUGCGUCUUUUGUCAAAAUUUAGUUCUGCGCGUUGAAUAAGCAAAAUUUGUCAACAUGAGUUCCGAACCCCAAAUUGUUAAAUCUCAAAAUUCGAUGCAUUCAACUCCUUCAGCUGACAGCAUGAUAGAGGUAGACGAGAAAGAAACCGAAGUGGUAAUCUACCCGGACCCCUUCUCGUCGGAUAGACCUUCGCUAGAGGAGCAAAUCAGACAGGGUCUCAAGGAAAUGCGCCAACGCACCCGCAAAUCCAGAACCGCCCGGAAACGUGCCAGGCAGCAAGCUCGCCCGGAAGAACCUGUCAUGACUAAAAUAUUGUUCCCUAUGCCGGAAACAUUUCGGGGCUGCUGUCACAACAUGAGUUUCACCAUCGAUAGGGAACUGUUGAGCCGAACCGCCCAUUGCGAACUAUUAGCUAAGCCACGCGUUAAGGCACAAGGAGAAUAUCCACGCUUAGUAAGAAAGAUCAUCCCUGUGGCAUCGAAUCACAUAAAACUGCUGGCCCAACCUAAACCGUACCAAGUUCAGGAUACCAUCAGUCAGCACAUGUGCCAUCUGCACCCGGAACGAUUAGAGCGCAUGAAGGAGCGGCUAAACUCCAAAGACUAUCUAACGAUUCAGGAGUCUCGACGUUUUGCCCGGCAACAGCGUCGGGAUGAGAAAAUCUGGCUACGGCACCGUUGCCGUCAGGAAUAUAAACUUAAGAAACGAAUAAUCGCGAUGGAAAUUGACUACCUCCGAGACACUAUGUAUACAAUCUACCGGCAGAGUCGAGAUUACUUCUUGCUGCCGCUAGAGGCAGAGCUUGAAGGGGAUCUGGAUAUCGCGUCUGGAAUCAUUCUGGGCAAGAUGUGCAACCUAAUCGGGUUGCAGAUUCCGAAACGGAACAGCGAUAACAUAAUGGAUACAUUCUUCUGUGAACUGGCCGAUAAGCUGGUGCUGUGGAUGUGGAAAAUUAUGCAGGCCAGUGACGUAUCCUUUGAAAAACCCGAAGACGAAAUACGUCGACUUUCGGCAGCGUCAAGCAUUUUUGUGGAUCCUACUCUUGAUCGAACAAGUUCCAAGGCCGCUACAGAGGAGGAAGACCUACUGACGGAUGCGGAAUCGUUGAGCAUUAUACGGCAGAUAUUGGAAAGCUUCAUCAAUCUUGCCAUCUUGGAAGGCCAGGAUCUCACGGAGUUUGUAAAUAGCAUGCAAAGUAUAGGAGGAGCUUCAAGUUUGAUAACAGAAUAAAAUACAAUAAAUCUUAC